AUGAAGAUUGUGCGCUUAAGCUUCGUCUUGGUUGGUGCUGCACAGGUUCUCACGCGUGGAGAUGGUGGCAUGCAGAUUACCGUCGCUGUGUACGACGAUAGCUCGUGUCGCGCACCUCCCCACACCAUGACGAUCACAAGACGACCCGGUUGCACGCCCCAAUCAGACCAAAGCAAACCGGUCUGUGCGAGCUCUGGGAUGGUGAACUUCGUGGAAGACUGCGUGCACUACUACGCUGGGUCCUGGGACGACUACGCAGUGAUCUACAACGCAUUCGGUAGGGGAAAUGUGUCGUUCCUUAUCGAGGAGGAUUUCAAUACUGAAAGCGUGGGGUGGUGCGGAGACAACAACGCCUUCACCAACGCGACCGUGUAUCUGCUGAAUGAGAAUUGCCACACAAAUCUCGGGGGUACAAGCACGAAAUUCACCAUCGGCCACUCCCUGAUCCUCACAAAAUACGCCGACCCGACCUCGGGCAGGGCUGUGAGUCGGAGGAUGAUCAAGGUUGUGGCCGACAAUUUUCCGUUGGUGGAUUGGGAGGACCUGCAGCAUUGGGACUCGGAGGCGAUGUACUUUGUGAGAGACUGCAUCGACUACUUCCCGGGUGGAUCAGAUCCCUACGGAGUGAUCUACAACGCGUUUGGACCUAAUGCGCCUUACUUGCUUGUGGAGGAAUACGACUCUGACCUCGGGCGGUGCGGAGACUACAGCGCCUUGAUAAACGCGACUGCGUAUUUACUGGAUGAAACCUGCCACACGAACCUCGCACGAACGACAAGUAUCAAGCUCACCAUCGACCGCUCCCUCAUCCUCACCAAUCUUGCAUCGACUCGCUUCGGCGAUAAAGCCCCGUACAUCGUCGUGGAGGAAUUUUUGGAGUCAUCGUGCAGCAAAGCAGCACCAAGUGUGAUUGUCUACAAAGCGGAUGGAGGUUGCCACCUCAACCUGGACGAUGCGACGAGUUUCAAGGCCAUGCUGGCACAGAAUGGUGCAGCAACGCUUGUCACCGACCAGGGGUGUACCGCGGAUAGCGACUUUGGUUGUGGAAGGAGGUUUACCGUCGGUGGAUUUGAGAGACCCAAGACCUGCAAGAAGAUCGAAUUUCCAGACUGGCUGUGGAACGAGGAGGCUAGCGGCUAG